AUGGCUGGAGCCGGGAUAAAGGCAGAAUCACAUACAAUGAAAUCGGCAGAGGCUCCACAGCCAAAAGCAAAAGGAUCUGUUGGUUUGCAUGGAGCGUUCUUCGAACCAGGUUACGCAAGAUGUUUAUGUGGUAAAACAUCGAGCGAAAUGGAGAUGGAAGAAACACCAGCAGAGAAAUCAGGGUCAACAUUUGGGACAAAGACACACAAAGACAUUUGGGACCCAUUUAGUCUGGAGUACGAAGAAGCUGAAGAAAAUGAUUACUAUGUGGAAUCAACCACCGAUUUGAGCGUUAUGGAAGAACGCAAAUUUGAAAGGACAAAAUUAGACGAGCCAACAGGUUAUGACGAUCAUUGCAUCUGUGCGUUCGAUCGAGGUACCCAUGAUGCUUGGCCAUGCUUUUCAAAGGACGCAUGGGAAUCUACAGAAUGUGACACAUGCAAUGAGCACGCGUUUUGCGCGAAAGACAACAAAACCUCAAAAGGACAUAAGUCCCCUGGUCUCUGUGCUCCAUCAAGAUUUUGUGUUGCCUAUAAUGGGAAAACUCCACCAAUUGAAAUAUGGACAUAUUUAAAAGGUGGACCUCCUACAGAAGAUCCGAACUUUCUUGAAGCUAUGGGUUUUCAGGGAAUGACCGACGAAGUGGCGAUUGUCACAAAGGCAAAGGAGAACAUAAUGUUUGCCAUGGCAACCCUCUCUAUGGAGGAUCGAGAAAAACUAUCUACUACAAAGAGGGAACUCGUCCAAAAAUGUUCCUUCAAUGGAAAAGCUUGCGAUAUAGAGAAGUAA